AUGGCAAAGGAAAGUCAGGGGUGGCUGGCAAAGCUGACAGGCAGAGCGAAUACCACCGCAGGCGACUAUUGCAUGGCGAUAAUAUCUGAACUAACACUGCCAUACAUCGGUCAGUGCAUUGAUAUGCUGGAGUCGGAUGAUAUGUAUACCAUGAAUUUCAUGGCCAUUGGCAAUGUGCACAGGCAUAUGACUGCCCCAAGCAAUUUGGUGCAUGCGAGUAUGUAUGAUGCAGAUUUCGGCAGCGGUUUUCAGGCGUUCUCAACUGUGCAUCCUCAGCUUGGCCCGGGGCCGUCUAUAUUUCUCUACUCCCCUCCGCCUAGUACUGGCAUCCUCGUCACUGUCUAUCUUGCGCCACGAGAGAUGGAAAACGUUUUGAAAAGCAGAUUCUGGAUGGGUUUAGCUGAACAUGUCUACUAAUAUAUACCGUGUUCAAAGGAUAUACUUGAAAUAAGAAUCUAAUCCUAG